CCUGAAAUUUUCCUCAAAAACUUAGUUAAACAGAUUUUUGAUCUUCUGCAUGUUGCUAUUCUUUUCAGUUGUGGUCUUUCUGUUGAGGGAGAGAUUCAGUUUCAUGGGGAUCUGUGAAAACCUGUAGGUGGCAGUGAUUGGUCUGUAACCCAUGAGUUUCAAUGACACUGAAUUACUCCAAUUAAGACCAGUAUUUCACCACUUGCAAGCUUUAUGUAGAGGCAGUGCUUGUGAUGGGGUUGGGUUUCACAAGUGGGUGAUAGGAACUGAGGCUAGGAGGGAGAGGAGCAGAAUGUAGUAAAUUAACAGGUAAUUACUCGUCUUUCCUGAUACAACAGCUACCCCUAAACCAUCCUGGUAGGAUUCCUGACCCAACCUUUAUACAGCUGUGAGAAGCUCCUCGAAGAACGUACCCCUUCUGGAUGUACCUGAUUCCUGGCAGGGCUUGGAGCAUUUGCAGGGCUGGGGAGGUUGGAACUGCCGUAGCCACGGUGAUGGGACACUCAGCGUGGUCCAGCUGGCUGCCCAGCCUUUGGAGGGCUCGGUAGUUGGUAAUUGCACAGUGUUCAAUCCGUCGUCCCCUGCAGAAACGCAGAGGGGGCUGUGAGUGGCUGUGGCCAUGCCGUAGGGGCAGGUGGCAGCCAGGAGGUGCAGGGCAGCCAGUGUGGGUGUGUGGUGCCUGGAGGAGCCGCGGUGCCAGUUCCAUCCGAGGUCACAGGCCAGCAGUGGCACCACCGGACAGAGGGGCAGCAGCAGCUGCUGUGUGCACUCCGAAGCUCAAGGCCAGACCGCUAGCACCAUGCAGAGCCGCAGGGCAAACAUCAGCCAGCAGACCCAGGAGCUGCGCAACAUCAUCGCCUUGCAAGAGCAAGGGAAGAAGUUUUUCACACAGUCAUCUGAGGAAAAGCUCAGCCAGAACAGAGAUCUGCUCCCACAGCUGCGCGGGAUGGUGCAGGAGGACGUCCAUGCCCUGGGCAUUGCCCAGAAGCGUGACCAGCUAAUCAUCUCCGAGGCUUGCAGAGCACAGAAGAACUUGGACAUCGUUUUGGCUGGCAAAACGGUGGAGGGUGCCCGGGAGAAGCUCCAGAGCAGCAUCUUUGAGCGGGUGAACGCCUGCAACGCGCUGCUGUACGAGGUGAGGCGGCGUGGCCAGACCCAGGACGAGCUGCAGCAGCGGCUGCAGCAGCUGCUGGAUGUCAAAAUCGAUGACAAGCGGAUCCAGGAGCAGGUGCAGAUGAUUCGCCAGCUGGAGAACAGCAUCGAGAAGAUGCUCAUGAAAGUCCGCACUGGGCAGAAGGUGACCCUGCUGUACCUGGCGGUGAAGGAUGUCCUCAAGAAGGAGCUGGCCUACCUGCCUCUGCAUCUGGACCUCCUGCACGGGAUGGCCGGGGUGUACCAUGGGGAGCUGGAGGACAUGGAGCUCAUGGCUUUGGAUGCCCUCAAAGCCAAUAACAUAACCAAGGAGGAGCUGGCCAAGCUGGAAAGACAGUUCCUCGCGGAGAGGGAGCUCAGGCAUCGCACCCUGGCAGCCCAAAAGGUGCAAAUCGACCGACUUUGGCUCAAGGGCGCAAGUGAAAAGCACUUGAGAGCGCAAGCCAGGUAUGACCUGGCCAUGGACUUCCCUGCCCUGCUGCCCCAGGACUCGCUGAUGGGCUCCAAGCUGGAGGCCACCAAGUCCCAGAUCCAGCAUGAGGCCCAGGUGACAGCAGAGGUGGAGAAGGCCAAAGCUGCGGUGCAGUGCUCCCGCCUCUGGGAUAUCACGGGCAGGCUGCUGGCACAACAGAAGUCCACGGCGGAGCUGGAGCAGCACAUUGGGGCAUGCGAGGAGAAGAGGCAGGCACUGAAGGCCACGCUGAAGGACUUGGAACUGAAGCAGGCAGAGCUGAAGUUUCGCCAGCCCCCAAGUGCCAUCAGCUGUAGGAGGCUGGAGACAGAGCUGAGGACGAGCCUGCAGCAGGAGGAGGCCCGGUUGGAGCAGGCGCGAGCCCAGUCUCUGAGGAACCAGGAGCUCCUGCUCCUGUUUGAAAAUGGCAUUGACAACCUCUUCAUCCGCCUGUAUGGCAUCGAUGUACCCGAGCAGGAUGUCUCCGUCGAGCUGAAGGGGGUGGAUGAGAAGCUGCAGUACUGUGAGCAGAAGCUGCAGCACCUGGUGCAGCGAGUGGCCUCCCUGCCUGCCCCCAGCUACAGCCCUGAUGAGGACAAUGAGAUUUUUGUGAAGGUCAGGAAUUUUCUGGAGAAAACAACUGCGAGAGAGCCACAGAACCUGAAGAUUUCCUUGGAGGACAUAGGCUCUGCAGUCCACGAUCCCUUUGAUUUUGCUGACAAAGACCAUGGCCUGGUUCUCACCCGGGAGGACAUCAAGAAGCAGGGGCUGCACUUGAUCGAAAGCAAGAUGAAAAGUGGCAAGAGGAAGUAGUGGUCGCUCCCCCAGAGCUCCUGAUGCCUUAGACCCCCCCCGUGCUGUUUUCCCAGCAGGUUUAAUAGAGCAGAGCUUUUUCAUCCC